GAUGGGAUUUCUCAUUUCUUGCAAUGACGACGUCUAGUCUGGUCAUGGUCUGACUGAGCUUUCACAUGCUACAUGCCCCUCCACCCUUGCAGCGUUCAGUUAAAGCUUCCCUGCCUCGCUCUUCUCCGUUACAUCGACAUCCCACUCCCUCCAUGUCCUACGCAUUGUCGGCACUAUAGUCUAGGGGCACAAAACCGCAUAUGACACGAACUCGGACCCACUGGCUGUCCUACAUAUUGGCCGCGAAAGCCCCAGCCGGAAGCUGAAGAUGUGUAUCCUGCUAGUUUCAUCCCUCUCCAUGCCACGGUGAUGACCGCUGAACUUCCGUCUGCGCCGUUGAUCACCGACGAACGGAAUGGGUUGAUCUACGUCCAGUAUUCCUCCGCGAAAGAGGAUGUCUAUCUGGAUCCCAUCCGGAGCCUGAUCUCCAAGGACUUGUCCGAGCCCUACAGUAUCUAUGUGUUCCGAUAUUUUCUCUUUCAAUGGGGCGACUUGUGUUUCAUGGCCUUAGAUGCGAAGACGCAUGACCUUCGAGGGGUGGUAGUUUGCAAAUUGGAAUACCAUCGCAGCGGGACAUAUCGAGGAUACAUCGCCAUGCUUGCCGUAGAGGAGGAAUUCCGAGGGAAAGGGAUCGCUACAAGUCUGGUCCAGUCUUCUAUUUUAUCGAUGAAAGAAAAGGGGGCAGAUGAGGUGAUUUUGGAAACGGAAGUCACCAAUACCGCGUCUCUACGACUUUAUCAACGACUCGGAUUCCUUCGAACCAAACGACUGCAUCGGUAUUAUCUGAAUGGGAACACGGCAUUCCGACUGGCACUGUACUUGAAAGAGGGAGUCUCCCUGAAGGAGCCCAGAGAUGAUCUGAAUCCCCAUAUGAUGGAUCAAUAUUACGAUGAAUGAGGAGCGAUUGCACGGAGUUAUUGCCAUGCCCGUCAUGCCGGCUUCAUUAGGUUCAUUCGAUCAUAGGAACGCCUCAGUCCAUGUAUACAAUUUAACGGCAGGUCAUUCCAAUUAUGCCAUUAUUCAAAAACACGUACGCCCUUAGGAGUGCCC